GUGUUAGUGUGUUGGCCACCCUGAUUCAGGAGUCUUCGUUGUAAGCCGCUGCUCCUGAAAAUGAUUAAUUCUAUUUUUACUUUAUAGUGUUAAGGAGAUAACGGUCGCGUUUCGCCAUCAAUAAAUGCAGCGCCUGCAUUAGUGUGCCCAUCAUCCACGCAUCCGACUCGAGAGCAAGUCAUCUCAUCAGAAGCCAGAAUGACGACGUCGGAAGAUCCUCCAGCUUCAGACAGCCCUGCAGAAGUUACGAAGGCCUCCAUUCGUAAAGAUACUUGGGCUAAACUUCAGGCGGAUAGUACAGUGACUGGGAAUAUCUACCUGAACCGAAUCCCUUAUUUUAAGGGUUCGGAUGAGGCAGCUCAACGCUUUGCUGAGACUGAAGAAUUCAAGAAUGCAAAAUCAAUUUGCAUAAAUGCUGACAAGGCUCAAGAAAGUGUCCAAUACCUAACUGUUCAGGCAAAGAAGACUCUUCUGAUCCAGAUUCCACUUUUCAUUCGGAAAGGCCUUGUUAAAUGCAUUCAAGUGCCAGAUGACCUUCCCGACGAUCAGGUCCAGAAACUUACCACGCGCACUGCCAUCGGUGCCCAUGGAAAAGUAGUUCCGCUUAGUGAUGAACGUAAGGUGGACAUAGUUGUCAUGGGAUCUAUUGCAGUGACCAAGCAAGGUCAAAGGAUUGGUAAAGGCGAAGGAUUUGCUGAUAUUGAGUAUGCCAUGAUGCAAAAGCAAGGGAUGCUUACACCGGACACAAUUGUGGUGACCACUGUGCAUGACAGCCAGGUUUUUGACUCCUUACCUGGAGAACUCUUCAAAGAGCAUGAUGUGGGUGUCAAUCUUAUAGUUACUCCAACCCAGGUGAUAAGGGUCUCUCCGAAUCCACCCAAGUCUUCUGGUCUGAAUUGGAGCCUUCUCUCUAACCGUCGCUUGAAGAUCUUCCCCAUAUUGCGCCAGCUCCGUGAGAAGGACGUCAGUGCUGGCGACACCUCUGAGCUGAAGGAGGACUCGGACGUGGAGUCCCGGCCCCGCCGCCCCCGCCGGCUGCCGCCCCGGCACUUCCGCUCCCGCCCCCGCUCCAGCACGGGCGGCGACGGCGAAGUCGGCGAGGAGCACGGCGAGGACCAGGAGCGCACCCCGCGGCCCCGGCGCGCGCGCCGCCCCCGCCAGUCCAAGUCCGAGGGUGACGAGGAGGGCGGCCCGAGCGGCACCGAGGGCGAGGGCACGCCGCGCAAGCCGCGCAGGCCCCGCAGGUUCCCCGGCCAGGCAAGGUUCCCCGGGCAGGGGCCCCGCCAGCGCAGCCAGCGCCGAGACACCGAGGACGGACAGGAGGGUGAGCCCCGUCCGCGUCGCUUUGGGCGAGGCAGGCCACGGCUUCCAGUCGACUUCAGCCUCCGCGUGGGCAACAUUGCCUCCGACGUGCGUGUCCGAGACCUCAAGACCGCCCUGGCCGAGUGCAAGGUGAAGCCAGUCAACAUCAAGUGGUUCGGCCAGAACGGCUUCGCUCUGCUGCACUUCGCCAGGAUGGAGGCCCAGGCUGGGGACGCCCCUGCCAACAACGUGGAUGGCGUACUGACAGCACUGCGUGACCUCAAACUUGCUGCUGCUGAGGGGGAUGGUGUCACUGUAGAACCCUUGACUGCUCCGGUCACCAGAAUUGAGGUAACCAAUGAAAUAACAGCGGUUUAAGCGAAGGAAAGAAGAAUUUAACACUUAAUUUUAUUUUCUUAUUUCUUAAUUUGUAUUUUUCUCAUAAGAUUUUCAUUUGAAAAUGUCAAAUGCACUCCCCUAAUUACUGCUUUUCCAUUGGAUUUUUUUGUGGAUCUGCUUUAUGUUCAUGCGCUGAUCACAUUUUUGGGAAUGUUCUGUGGCUUGCACUUCAUGACAAAGAAUUCACUAGCCUCCACCUUCCUUACUGUUAGUUUGUAAGUUUCAUGUUUUGUUUUCGUUUGUUUGUUUAGUUAAAAGAUUUUUCUUUAAAUUUUUUUUGUUAUUGGUGCCAUUGUUCAUUGUUAAUUCUCACAAGAUUACAUUUUUUCUUUUCCUGUAUGGCGCUGAAAUGAUUCUAAAUUUUGUUAAUCGUCGUAUAAGCAACGUUUUUUGGGACAUUUAAAAAGGCUGUUGUUAGUACUUAUAAGGACCUAGAAAGAUGUACGUUUUCUAUCUUUCUGUGCUGUACUAAAUUAUUUGCGUGUUUUUCUUUUGUUUUUCUCCUGUGAAAGUGAAUUUACUAAUUGUUAACAUGUCUUGUCUGUUUCCUUUUUCUGUGAUUUUUCUUUUAGCAUCAUCUAAUUUGGCUUUAUGCCUCAAGUAUUUAUUUCAUGUGCAAUGGGGCCUCAAGAGACACUUACAUAUGCAUGAUAUGUAAGUCAGUCUCCUACCCUUCAUAGAUCUUUUCUAAAUAUUUAUUUAAAAAUUAUUAGUAUUUAUGAAUUAAUUUUUUGUCGCAUAUUUGGAUGGUAAUGUAGAACUAUGCAUACAUAUCAGACCCAACUUUGUAUGCAAGGAUUAUUGGAUCAGUUUCGAACAUCACCAUUUCUAUGAAAUCAGGUUCACACAUGUAGCAAUUUGCUACUAUUUUGGCUUAUGUCAAUCAUUGAACUGUUUUGGUAUUUUAGAAACCUGUAUGUUUCUAUCCAUCCGAUUUUGUUGAUGUUUUUCAGCCUCCCUCUUGCUUUAUUUUGCUCUUUUUUUUACUGGUUUGACAUUUGUGGUUGAAGACACUUCUCCACUUCUAGUUUGUCUCUCAAUGCAAACGGAUUUAUUUUGGCCUCAUGUGUGAAUGACUGGUCUUGCAAUCUAUCAUGGUAUCAUUUUCUGUUUGAAUGCGAGACAUGACUUACCAUGAUAAGAAACUUGCAAGUCCUCAUUUCCCCGUAUUGUUGUGGUUUUGUUAUUUACAUGUGUGUUUGUGGCUUGUUUAUUCAUUAUGACCUGUGUCGAUAUGCUUAGGGGUGUUAAACCUCCACUACCUGACAUGAAGCUUUCCUGUUGCUUUGCCUUCCAAAUGGUAACCUUCCUCUUUUGACUUGAGUUGCAAUGUACACAAUCUGUGUCCAACAUGUGAUUUAUUAAUUGUUGCUAAUAUUCUCUGAAGUUUAUGCUUGUAUCAUAGUAUUAUUGUGUAUUUUUGUAUCAUUGCCAGGUUUGUGUAGCCAGUUGUAAAUUUGUAGUUAGUACAAAAUCUGGUGAAAAAAAUAUUUUGGGUUUGACUUGCAUUUUGAUAAUUACUAUUCUGAACAAUGUUCUUUAUUCAAUUUUCAGUUUCCUGCGUUUUGCAGGGACUGAACUUAUUUGCAGUCUUCCUGACUAGAAUCAGCCAUUCAGCCAGAUCUUGCAUCAGAAAUGGAAUGUAUGGUUAGGUUCUAAUUGUUAGUGUGUGCUGUUUUCUCUAGCAGCAUGCUUGGAAAUUACAGCAGCUCAAAUUGACCUGAGGAGGUUUUCUUGUUGUAAACAUCAGUUAUUUAUGUUACUAAUAUGUGAAGAUGGAAACUUUGCAGUGUGGUAUUUUCUGUGUGUAAGAUCAUUAAUUUCCCAGUAAAUACGCCAAAAAAAUGUUAAUAUUCCAAGUACAAAAAUUUUGUGACAAAGACAUGUGGUUCUGUAAUGACCACAAUAUUUUUUUUUCUCUAGAUAAUAUUUUUAUUGUAUCAUUUUAAGGAAAUUGACUUUAUUUUGGGGGCUAGCGGUAAUGCAACAUUACUUAUGAAUGUUUAGUUUGUUUGCAAUUAUUUCGUGUGUCACUGGAAGUUUCUACUUGCAGUGUGCUGCACAUGUGUGAAAAUCUUUCUGAAUUACUAUAUUUUUGUACUAUAAAUUAGUCAGUUUUGAAAGUUAUUUCUUUGCUUUGUUUUUCAGUUUAAGAAUUCUAUAAUUUAAAAUUACAAAAUUGUGAUUCAAAACAGGACUUCCAAAUUGUGAAUAAAAGUUUGAUCUAUGCAAAAAGUUAAAGGAAA